UCUCAGGUUGACCCUCCGCCAUUACUUGCGCAUGGACAAUUCCAGAAUGAACUCUUUUUUGGAGUACACAAUUUGUAACCGUGGGACGAACGCCUACUCACCCAAAGCUGGAUACCACCACUUCGACCAGGCGUUCCCGGGCCCUUUCCACACCGCACACUCAAGUGACAGCUUUAACGCUGAUGGACGACUUUACGUAGGGGGAAGCAACCAGCCAGUAACUGCACAACAUCAGCACCAGAGCGGGAUCUACGCGCAUCACCAGCAACAAACGCAACAAAGUGCCAUUGGCCUCACCUUCGGUGGCACAGGGGCCACGGGUUAUGGGACCCAGACCUGUGCCAACCCGGACUAUACACAACAGCAGUAUUUCAUUAACCCCGAGCAGGAUGUAAUGUAUUAUCACUCAUCAGGGUUUUCAACUCCAAAUGUUGGUCCUCAUUAUGGCUCCAUGGCUAGCGCGUACUGCGGGGCGCAGGGAGCCGUUCCAGCAGCACCUUAUCAACAUCAUGGGUGCGAAGGCCAGGACCACCAGCGAGGCUACUCUCAAGGCACCUACGCCGACUUAACGGCCUCCCAAGAGAGGGAGAGGGACACGGAUCAGUCGCCACCUGGAAAGACAUUCGAUUGGAUGAAAGUCAAAAGGAACCCCCCUAAAACAGCUAAAGUGGCCGAGUUCGGACUGGGCCCGCAAAACACAAUUCGGACGAAUUUCACAACCAAACAGUUAACAGAGCUCGAGAAAGAGUUUCACUUUAGCAAGUAUCUCACGCGAGCCAGGCGAGUCGAAAUUGCUGCCACUCUCGAGCUGAACGAGACACAGAUUAAGAUAUGGUUCCAGAACCGCCGAAUGAAACAGAAGAAGCGAGAGAAGGAGGGACUCGCUCCUGUUUCGUCCACCUCGUCUAAAGAGCUCGAGGAUCACUCUGAUCACUCAACUUCAACAUCCCCAGGUGCUUCUCCAAGCCCGGAGGCCUAACAGACGAUAAUAACUAAGUGGGCACUGAUCAACAGAUCCGAAAUUUAUCUUAAAAUCUAUUAAUUUAAGCCUUCCACAUGUGCCCGAAAGACUCCUAUCGUGUUCUUUUGUUAGAGGUCUAUUCUUUUAAGAAAACUGAAAGAACUCGAGAAUCACAUAAGAGAAAAGGAGAAAAGUUUUUCACUUUUAGCACAAUAAUGGACAUAUUUGCACCAUCGGCAACACAUACAGGGUAUUUCUACAAUGAUGAUAAAUGUACUGCACUUUCACCAUGUUUACAAAUGCCUACACGAACUUAAAUGACUUUACAGGGAUGACCUUAAAUAUUGUGUUGUCAAAAUGUGUAUUAGUGCUUUGUGUUGUGUUUUAUAAAAAUAUUUUUCUUUAGAUGUUUACAUUUAAUAUUUUUGAGGUUUGUGAAUUGUAGCUAUAUAGUAAGGGUUUUUGGACUCUUUGCACUAUGCUUGUUUUUUUUUAUUUUUUAUAACAUAAACAUUUGCAGAAUUUGAUCUUUUAGCCUGGUAUUUUUAUGCGCAGACGAGCUGAGUUUUAUUAGUUGCUGUUUGUAUUAUAUCGUGGGUUGAAUGUUUUAAUCAGAA